UAAUAAUAUAAAAUAAAUAAUGGACCAAAGUAAAGAAUUAUUCAAACUUAAUGGCAAAAGCCGACGAAAGACGGAAGUAAAAUGCAAAUUCAUAAAAGUGGACUCACCCAUUGCCAAGUAUGAUUCUUCAGGUCAAUUGUCAUGUGUUAUUUGCAGGAUCCCCAUCAAACAGAGUGUGUGGAAAGUGCACUUGAACUCAAAGCAACACAAGCAAAAUUUGGAACUCGCCAAACGACAGCGAAUCGAGUCCGAUGCGAAAAAUUCAGAUACCUUGAGUAGCGCAAACUCUGAGCAAAUACCACCAAAAGCCAAACCUGUAGUCUCAGAGAGCAUUGCACAAAACAGUGAUGUCAAGCUGCAAACUGGUGGAAGUUCUGAGGCCGCACCUCAAGUUGUACAAUUAAAUACGCCUCAGGUAUUACCAGAAAAGUUCUUUGAUCAGGAGAAAUCGGUGACUGUGGCUGGGAGCGAUCGUGAUCUGGAAACGGAAUGGAUUAAAUUUCAACGUGAAAUCAGAGAAGCUGCUACAAUAUCGAAUAAUAUAGUCUCGGAGGAACAGGAUAGCUUAAAUAAUAAGAGACAUUUGAAGGAAAUAGACGAACAAAUUGAAAACUGGAAGAGAUUCAUCAAAAUCAACGACAGAAAAAACUGUAUUUUCAAAAAGCAACGUUCUGAAAAAAGACCACUUGAGUUCGUCGAUGUUGCGUCCAGCUCUGAAGAAGAAUGCAGUGUUGACGAUUUAUUAGAUUGGAGAAUUAAAAGUGUGCACAAAUAGUUUAUAAUUUAUUUUUCUAGUCUAUACUCAAAUACUAAAAAUAAAU